UUGUAUUUUGUUUUGAUUUAAAAUUUUAUUUACGUAUUUCAAUAAAUUGUUGAAAAUUGGAAUUAAAACGAAUGGAAAAUAAUAAAUAAUGAUCAUUGUAUACGACACUCAAUGACUUUUUAUUUUCAUGUCUUGUACUUUCUGCAGUAAUGUGUUAUCGUAAAUAUCUGUAAAAUAAAUAUAAAAUGUGGUUUUUUACGCUAGUUGUCCGUUUUAAUUUAUGAACGUUAUAAUUUUGUGUUAGUGUGCUGGACAUGUAAAGUUGUUAAUAAUUGCGAACUCGAACUAUAUUUUGGUAAAUGGUGGUGGAAAAAGCGAGGAAGCAUGCCAAGACUAAACGUCUAGACACCGUCCCUUAGAAGAUGUCGUUACAAAUUGUAUAUUUCAAAUUUGCCCGGACUCGAAUGUACAAGUACUACAUAUUAUAAAUGUUGACCAGGCAUCCUGAAUGAUCGUCGCUUCAACGGGUCCACCUUGUAAACAUUCAGCAUGGUGGUAGUGCUGAACGGAGUCCUCGUGGACGAGUGUCCGACGUCGGUGCGAGCGCUCCUGGCGGCGCACCCCGGCUACAGAGACGCGGCUGCGCAGCUGCUGGCGGCGGCGGCGCGCGUCGUCGGGCCCGCCGGCCUGCUGUACGUGGCGCAGAGGGAGCUGGCGCAGGUGGUGCCUCAUGACAAAAACGUCAGUAUCAUAGGGUCAGAUGACGCCACGUCGUGUAUUAUAGUCGUUGUCAGACAUUCAGGGUCAGGGGCAGUGUCACUAGGUCACCUGGAUGGGUCGGGCACGGCGGAGGCAGCGGCCGCCAUGGUGGCGCGGGUGCAGCAGCUAGCGGUGGGCUAUCCGGAGGGAAGGCUUGAGUUGCAGCUGGUCGGCGGGUUCACUGACCCACAUAGAUACUCGGACGAACUGUUCGCCAAUAUUAUGUUAUCAUUCCAUCGUCUGACGGAGGAGAUAGACUUAACCCUCGCGUGCUGUUGCGAGUUGAACACGGCGCUCGGCGGGGGGUCGCCCGCACCCCUCGUCACCGGCGUCGGUGUGGACAUCCGAGCCGGUGACCUCUUCCCGGCAACCUUCCCCGACAAGGGGCCAGAGCUGCCCCUGCGCGGAGCGAGAAACAUCACUGGCGGACCCAACUCUGGACAAGUUCUCGAUAUAUACGAUAACGCGGUGGGCAUGCUUCGCAUCGGGCCAUUCACAUACGAGCCGCUGCGAGGCGUGGACCUGUGGCUCGACCAGUCGGACGACUUCAUACUGCAACACCUCAGCACCACGCCGGCGGUGGAAGCGCCGCAUUUUGUGCAUCACAUCCGUGUAACCCUGAAGUUCAUCCAGCAGCAUCCGUUCCCCGCGGUAACCGUGUUCCCGGACAACCGGCCGCACUACUACCGGCGCGACGAGCAAACCGGCUGCUGGGUGCCCGUGCGCUUCUAGACUAGCCCCGAGAACGAUGCCACUAUACUCCGCGCCACGCAACAAGUCCCGUAGACGCUAAUGUCUUAAUGGCGCUUAUUGUGAUUUGGUAAUGGCGGUCUUAUUGUCAUUUAUGUAAAGGGCAAACGCCAUUGUGUUCAGAGGGUGAUGGUGCAUAGUGGCUGACAAUUGUCGAUCGUGGUGCACAAUCUGGAAGUUGUCGGAUUUUUUAGGCACACUUCAAAGGAAUCGUGGCGUAUCGUGGAUUCACACAAUCGCCCAUUGCUUAGUUCGCCGCAGACCUCUGAUAGAGAUAUUACGUCCUAUACGUUGAAUAGUCAGCAUCUACCAUCGCCUUUGUUUAAAUAUAUUUGUUGUGGUGCACACUUUUAUAGUACUUAUAGGCAGUAUAAGUAUAUAAAUAAAUAGCCGCGGCCGUAAUUGCUUCCACGUCCAUGCAAGUGCUUUACCAGGCAACAAUGAGCCAUGCGCCAUCGUGUGAACACCACGUGAUCGUGGCCUACAGUUGUGCAUUGCAAAGCAUGGCCCAUCACAAGCCAUUGUGUACUGGAAGCUUAAGGCGCUGUUAAUUUUAGUUCAGGUUUUAGCCGAGGGACUUGUGGCGUGGAGUCAUUAGGCAAACCAAAUGCUUGGGUCUUUCUCCACUCAGUACAGAGGUGACGACAGAUGGUAGCGAGAGGCAAUUUCUUUUUUCUACCCCCAUUUCUUAAUCUAUUCAAUAUGAAUCUGGUUAUUGUACGACCGCUUCGCCUCAUUGCACAAGAAUCACUCUUUCUUCAAUUGCCUUCAUUAUAUGUAUUGGGUUUUCCAGUAAUGAAAUGAAAAAUGUAUGCGCCUGACGACUGCUCAUUUUGCUCUAUGCUACCCACGACAUAUUAUCAUUGUGAAGACAAAAUGAAAUUAUACUGAAAAAUACAUAAUGAAAACAUACUGUCUGCCAAUAACGCCGAACCGGAAAUAUCGUUCUAUAGCGUUACUCCAUCAUUUUGCUUUCGAGAGUUAUGUCGUGAGCCUCAUGUUAGGCCAACUGUACUGCGCGACCAGACUCAAUCACGUGGUUUGCCUUUACGAAUAUUCAGUAGAUCCUAUAAUAAUCAGAAAAGUCACUAACAACAGCAAAAUUAGACAACCAGCAAUAUAUUCCUGUUUAGUUUAUUCUAGUGUUGUGUAUAUUAUAAUUAUUAUCAAUAUAAUUUAUUCAACUCCAUUCAAUUCCCAGUGACUACUGACAAAAUAUUUGUCAUGAUUUUCCUAUUGGACCACCCUUAAGUUAUUGUGUAGGAUUAUAAAGAUACUAUUGAUAUAUUUAAGAUUACAUAUUUGUUAUGAAAUGUACAAGUUAAUUUUGAAUUUAAAUUGCACAUGUAAAUUAAUUUCUAAACUAAAACCAUAAUUUAAUUAAGAUGGAUUGAAUGUGUUGCUAAUUUAAUUUUAAAAAUCCUAACUAAAUUACGAAAUGACUUUAUUAUACUUCUAUCCUUUUGCUGCAAGAAACUUGUUAAAAUUAUAGAGCGUUAAUUUCAUACAUAUAAAUUUAGUCCAGACACUUGUGUAAGCCAUUGCUAUUAAAACUAACACUACACUUUCUCUGAACUACUUAACUUACACUGCACGCGAUAUAAAAAUUCAUGGACAAAAUGUAACGUUAAAAAAGGGUCAUGAGAUAGAUCAUAUUUUUGUUAUUUUAUAAUUUAUGUGUCAUAUUAUCGUAUGACAUUUGCUCCUUUUGUGGAACAUUAUUAUAUUAGUUAUUAAAUAUCAGUAAUUGAAAUAUUCGAUUUUGUUUGUUUAUUUUUUUAAUUUUUAGUCGUAGUAUUGUGUCAUCUAUAUUAUGUACUAUGAUUUGUGUUUAGUUUAAUGGUUUUUAGUAUAAAGCAAAUGCCAUACAAAUGCGUCCUGUGUGUACAACCUUGGUCAAGCUUGUGUAUGUAAGUAAAACACAGCUGUCCCUUAAGGCAUUAUUGCCUAUCUGUAAGAAAGGCAUUAUUCCGCACAUUUUACCCUAAAAUAGAAUAGCUAUUGACAUUGUCUGUAAAUAUUCAUUAGAAUGUUAUUUACCGUGUAGUUUUAAGGUAAUUGUAUAUUUUGACAUAUCGAUUUUAAUUAAUAUUUUUGUUAUGAUAAUUGAUUUUAACCUUGUUGUAUAUAAUAUUUUUUAAUUAUGUAUUCCGUUUCAAAUUCAAAAUAUUUAUAAAAAUUGAUCUUCAAUAAGGUACUACUUUUAGGAAUAUCGAUAUUCCAAAAAAUGUUGCAGACAUCACUAUUGUGUGAAUUGUCUAUGCUAUAAUAAAUGCAAAUGACAAUGCGGUGUCUGUCGAUUAAGUUGGAAAGAUUCCCUCAUCUGUCAUAAUUCCCAUGUUUCUCCAGUGCAUCUAUGGAAUUAGUUCACUAUUUAACGCUAAAAUGCAUUAUGCGGCAAAUGAUUUAUAAAUAAAACCAACAAUGAACUUUUUCCAAGGACUAUUUCUAAUACAUUUAAGGUUAUGUGUAUGUAAAAUGGACAGUAUACUGACUAGAUUGCUUUGGGGACAAUAUAUUAUGUUACUGUAAAUAUAAUAGUAAUUGACGAAAAUCGUUAUAGUGGCGUUAUUAGUUAUUGUUUUAUGUAAUAUAAUGAAUAUUAUAUUGAAAGUUUAAUACUU